AAAAUAUUCCUUACAUAAGCAAGAUUUUCAGAUUCCGCGUGAACUCCGAUAAGCUUCAAUUUUAAGCAUCAUUGAACACACGACACCAAAAACAAGACAUAUGGCUGAGCCAACAGCUUCAGACGUAUCGGCGCCAUCUGCGACCACAAAUAUUACAGCAGAAGAGAUAAUUGAGCAAGCGGAAGAUGUGGAAAACCCCCAGACUGCUCUCAUCCAAGCUUCAUCUACAGACCCCGACAAUGCCGUUGUCGCUACAGCAGACGGUGACGCAGCCCAAAAGAAGACCAAGAAAAUAAUUAGACGAAAACGACGUCCAGCUAGAGUACAAGUUGAUCCAUCAACGAUCAAGUCGGAACCUCCGCCGCAGACAGGUACAAUUUUCAAUAUCUGGUACAACAAGUGGUCCGGUGGUGAUCGCGAAGAUAAAUACUUGUCGAAAACAGCAGCUGCUGGGCGGUGCAAUAUCCUAAAAGACAGUGGUUAUACUCGUGCCGAUAAAGCGCCAGGCUCUUACUUUUGCAUGUUCUUUGCAAGAGGUGUUUGUCCCAAUGGAAGUGAAUGUGAAUAUUUGCAUCGCCUACCAACCAUCCACGAUAUUUAUAAUCCGAAUGUUGACUGCUUUGGUCGCGAUAAAUUCAGUGAUUACAGAGAUGAUAUGGGUGGUGUGGGCUCAUUUAUGCGACAGAACAGGACCAUAUAUGUUGGUCGCAUUCAUGUCACUGAUGAUAUCGAAGAAAUUGUCGCGAGACACUUUCAAGAGUGGGGACAGGUGGAUCGAAUUCGUGUCUUAACAGCACGAGGCGUUGCAUUUGUGACUUAUUCCAAUGAGGCUAACGCACAAUUCGCGAAAGAAGCUAUGGCACAUCAAAGCUUGGACCACAAUGAAAUCCUCAACGUUCGCUGGGCAACAGUUGAUCCCAAUCCACUUGCCCAGAAACGAGAAGCGCAACGCUUAGAAGAACAGGCUGCGGAAGCUGUUAGACGAGCUCUUCCGGCCGAAUUUGUCGCAGAGCUUGAAGGCCGAGACCCAGAAGCGAAGAAGAGGAAAAAGAUUGAAGGAAGCUUCGGCCUCGACGGCUACGAACCGUCUGAUGAGAUCUGGUACGCGCGGACAAAAGAAAUUGAAAACUCAGAGCGACUACAGAUCGAAGGCUCUGGUCACCAGCAGCAUGUUCUUGAAGAUACUCAAGCGCAAGCUUCAACAGAUACGCCAAUCUCGCAACAACCAGCAGCACAGCAGCCCAGUGGUGGUAUUCUAUCAAGCUCAACUAUAGCUGCUCUAAAGGGAUUUUCAACCGUAGCCAAACCUACUGCUACGGGCUUAGGUGGAUCUUUAGUUGCUUACGGUAGUGAUGACGAUAGUGAAUGAUUUAUUUAAUUACUUGGUGUAUUGGUGUUAUGUUGUAUAAGAAUAUCAAAUCUCCACAGGAAAGGAAGACAAUGGAAAU